UUUGACAUUUUCACGCUGAAAACAUCAAUUUUGACAACAAACGAAAAGCCAUCGCGCAGCAGUGAAUGAUCCUUGGCAGAGAGGAAAAGAAAGCAAAUAGUUUUCAACAAAACAAAAAUCAUCCGAUUUUAGUGCUCUAAAUAAAGGAAAACUUUGUUAUCUAGUCGAACAAACAGUGAAAUCCUUUUCAACCUUCUGAACUCAUCAUUCUGGAGGGGAAAAUGUACUAGAAGCGGUCCGUAUAGGAUAAAAAUUUGACAUCGCAAGAGCUCGAACAAGGAAGCGUCCAAGGAGAAACCCGAUCCCCCUCAGUUAUCAAAAUGUCGAUCAUGGACAGAAUCAGACAAUCGUACUGGGUUGAAAAUGUUCCCAGGAGGAACAUUGUUGCGACGCUGGUCGCAUCAUUCUUGUUCUUCUCCGGAUGGUGGAUCGCAAUCGAUACGGCUGCAGUGCAUCCCAAAUCGUGGGAUUUCUCCUAUUAUAUUUGUGGCAUCCUGGCCACGAUCAGCUUCUUCAUGGUCAAUUCCAUCUCCAACGAAAUGCUCCACGGUGGCGCAGGAUAUACCGGAGGUGUCCUAGGCGAGAGCGGAAUCAAGGUCUUCCUGUUUGUGGGCUUCGUGCUGGGCUUCGCUUCGAUCAUUGCCGCCAUUUGGAUCAUGAUAGCCGAGUUUGCCGUUAACGACGACAAAACGGAAAAAGGCCCUGGCUACGCCCUGCUGGUCCACAAUAUCUUCAUCUUCUUCUCGUCGAUAAUCUACAAGUUUGGGCGUCACAGUGACGAUCCGUAUGCGGCUGGUAUUUUCUAAAAAGGGACGACAAGAGAUGUGGAUUAUCUGACUGUGUCGCUUCGUGAUUGAUCAAAUUAUUUUAAUUUACGCCAGCAUUUUCGUUGAUUUUUUGGUAUUUUGAAGCGAGUUUCAGUUUCAUAGGAAGUACUUCGAACGUAGACGUAAUAAGAGGGCUUUUUGUUGGCUGUUCCGAUUGGUAGGUGAUAUCUCAUUCUAUUAUUUUCCGUCGCAUCAAAGUUAGUUCGAAUUAUAUUGUGUUUUAAUAAUCAUUAAAUUACGCAAAUCAAACUAAAAUCUAUUAUACACCUAAAGAGCGAAUAAGUGAAAACUGUGCAAAGACGAGCAACGGUACUGUAAUUAAAACAUUCAAUUCUUCUUUUUGGAAUAUGUAUAAACUAUUCAUACCCAUACACUAUCGAAAUAAAGAUAAAAAUAUGAGAAACUACAA